ACACACACACACACACACACACACACACGCACGCACGCACGCACGCUCCGACCGAAUCCAGGGCUCUAAGGGCUAAAGAAAUCUAUGGAAGUGAAGCCAGCACCAGAACCCUGUUCCCUGCAGGACCCUGACAGUUGGACAGGUCACCAUGCCUGCAGGCAACGGCACCCCUUGGGGGUCAGCAGCGGGGGAGGAGAUCUGGGCGGGAUCAGGAGUAGAGGUGGAGGGCGCAGAGCUGCUCACCUUCUCAGCUGCCGGCAAGGUCCGAGUGGGAGUGACUGUUGCGCUGUUUGUUUCUUCGGCUGGAGGGAACCUGGCCGUGCUGUGGUCAGUGACACGGCCGCAACCCAGCCAGCGCCGCCCCUCUCCGCUUUCCUGCCUGUGGUCAUUGGGCUCGACCGCCAGGCAGCCGUACUCCACCCGCUUGGACCCCGCUCAACUGGAAGGAAACUUCUGGGGGCAGCCUGGGGACUCCUUUUCCGGCUUGCCUGGAAGAAUCACAGACACAUCAGGAAAAUAAUUUCAACUAAAAAUGUUGGUGAGGAAAAAAAAAAAAUGUUGGUGAGCUGGUAGAGAUAUCCUUUUAUAAAAUGCAAUGUUAGAACAGUACUUGAGAAGACAGGAUUCUUUAAGUCCCAGAUUUAACAAACACAGCCUAAGAGGAAGACAGGGAUUUUCAAGAUACAUUCCUAACCUUUUAAAUAUGGCACCAUGGAUGUACCAUUACUCAGCACUGCAGGAAAUUAAGAAUGAAUUGGGAUUACGCACUGUAUUAGCUCCCAAGUUUUCUCAACAAUCUCAUUAAAAAAAAGAAAAAAAGAGAAUGAAUUGGGAAGAGAUAGUGUUGAACUGGUGGGUAGGUUGGCAUGGGAGGGGAAAGGUAGACCAGUUCUAGUAGUCCUUGACUCCACUCCAGCUGUUCCUGUUCCAUACCGUCCGCUGAGCUGGUCCAGUCCUCUUCACUCAGUGUGUCACCAAAGGCAGCUUCAAGGCUUGAUGGCAAGAGACCACCUCUUCACCUUCUGCCGCCUUUCUGCUGCCACUGACUGCCAUGACCGUCUGCUAUAGCCGCAUUGGUCUCAGUGUGUCCAGUCCCCGGACAAGGAAGGGGAACCAUGGUGAGACCCCAACCCCCAGGCCCUAACCCGUACCCUAAAACUAUUGCCUCUAGCCUUAUAAAUUUGAUAGCUAUCUAUCAAACCAAAAGUGAGUUGCUAACCAUAUCUCUAGCAGCUGAUGCUACACAUAACUUUAUUGAAUGCCUUCAAUUCUAACCAGCCACUAGCCGUCAUUCUCUGAAGUAGAGUUAGCUGGGCAAGAAUCAAGAAGGGUGAUCAGUAUUCCUUUGCUCUUGGACACCAACAAGACUUCAAAGAGACUUUGUAGCUUCAUGUAACACAGCACCUCAAUUGAAACCUUUUUUGCAGCACGUCUGUCAUAAUCUCUGGUGGGAGGGGAGCAUAUAGUCCCAGGUUGGGAAGGGGAAGAGGGCUUGUACCAUUCUCUUCCUUAUAAGGGGAGAGCUCCAUCUCACUGUUUCUGCCCAUCCAUCAACUCAGAAGCUGAGUGGUUCUGAAUUUGAGUGUAUUUUCUAAGAUCCCAGCCCCUGCCAGUGAAUUUGCCCUCCGCCGCAAGUUCCCCCGCCGCAUGGGGGAACAAUCGCCCCCAUGUUCAUCUUCAGGGUCUGCGACCUGCCCUGCUUGUCUUGCUGACCUUCGUCCUCUGCUGGACACCUUAUAACCUGCUGGGUCUUUGGUACUG